AUGGCAUCUUUCGUGCCCGACGAGAUCGUGUAUAAGCAUUCUGACCUCUCUGUGAGGACAUAUGAGACAGCUCUUAUGUUUAUUGAUGUUUCCGGCUUUACAGAUUUAUGCGAAGCUUACACAAGAACUGGUCGUGGUGGACCGUCGAGAUUGACGCAGGUUCUUAAUUCCUACAUCGGUGCUAUGGUGCAAGAAAUCCUGACGCACAACGGCGACAUAUUGAAGUUUUCCGGUGACGCUUUCCUAUCUAUGUGGAAGAAAACACCGAGUGGAAACAUGCAAGAUGUUGUUCAUAGUGCGAUUGAUUGCGGACUUCUAAUACAAAAGAAUUACGGCAGAUACGUGACUGACGUUGGUGUAGCACUUAAGGUGAAAGUCGCAAUAUCAGCUGGUGUCUCUCACUUCUCUAUCAUUGGAGGUGGGGAGCUAUCUCUCGCGCACUAUGUGAUUGUAGGCCAGCCCGUGUGGGACGUGAAGACGGCGGAAUAUAUGAGCUCAGCGGGUGAUGUGCUAACGACUGCUAGUGCCUGGAUAUACGUUAAUGAGGCUGAAUACUGCACGCAGCCGUGUGGGGACGGCAGGCAUACGAAAGUACUUGGUAUUGGUGCGACUUGGAAGAGAGUUGAGAAAUUACAUUCAUUAAUUGGACUUAGUAAUGAGGACACUUUCGAAUGUACCGAGCACAAAUAUCGAUCUGACGGUACUGCCGGUGUAAACUUGAGAGAGUUUUCACUACGUCCAGCGGUGGUGGCCGCUAUCCGAGGCUCUUGGGGCACGGCGCUACGUCGCUUCAUGCUGCGCCCCAUCCUCCGCGCUGUCGACAAUGAUGAACCCAUGAACUUCCUGGCUGAAGUGCGUCACGUACUUAUCGUCUUCAUUAAUAUCAUCACUAAAACGGUUACCGCUGAUAUACUGAUUAGUGUUGUGGAUGCCGCUUAUAGAAAGGUUUGCGGUGUAACAGCAGAGGCCGGUGGAUUAGUCAACAAAGUGUCUAUGUUCGACAAGGACAUGAUGUUUCUCGUCGUCUUCGGUCUGCGCGGCCUUAAGCACGAGGACGAGGCACGCAAAGCGCUCGAGUGCGCGCUCACUCUGAAAGAAAAUCUCAAGAACUCUAACAUUAUUAGCGUCAGUAUUGGUGUUACAUCUGGUUCAACUUACUGUGGAGUUUUGGGUCACGUUUUACGACGCGAAUACACAGUCAUUGGAUCAGCUGUUAAUAAGGCUGCUAGAUUAAUGACGACUUAUUUGGACAAAGUGACAUGUGAUAAAGAAACGUUUUUAAAGAGCAAACUGGACCAUGAUCAUUUCAAGUUGAUGGAAGAGAAACCAUUGAAGGGCUUUGCCAAACCAGGACCGAUUUACGAAUAUGAUAGACAACGUCGAUCGGACCAUCUGGGCUGCUGGAGGCAUCCACUGUUAGGCCGUAACGAAGAGCUUCGUCUAUACAAAAUGACUCUACACAAUGCUUUGGAACAGCAAAAUUACAAGUUCACCAGAUUUCGGGAUCAUAAAUUUGGAAUAGCAUUCAUAGGCCCAGAACAAGUAGGAAAAACAAGGCUUCUAGAUGAAUGCCUCUACAUAACUCCUAAGUUCGUACUUGUUAAUAGAAUUUAUUUAAAGGACUAUGAAAAGACGCCAUUUGGCUUAAUGCGUAAAAUUGUUGCUACGAUUUUUUCAAGCCAUAUAAGACCCGCAAGGGAAAGCCGAGAGAAUAGGAUAAGACUAAGUGUUGAUGUGACUUCCUUACGUGCAGUAGAAAUUUUUGCUGUGAACACAGUAUUCGAUUGCCGUUUUCCCUUGCCGGAGAAGUUUUCUUAUUCCGGCGACUUUCUUGGUAACAUUCCAAGUCUCCGUUUGGUUGCCGUGAUAGACGCGCAAUACGCUGACGACGAGUCUUGGCGCGUUAUACUCCUACUUCUCGAUAUUAAGAAAGUCUUUGUUCUUUUCACUAUAAGAAAUACUGCUUUUACAUCAGCUGUGGCAAACGCCUGUUUGGAGAACGAUAUGAUAGUCAAGUUGGAGGUCUCUGGAAUCGAUCGUUGGUACCACGCGGCGUUGGUCUGCCAAAUGUUAGAUGUCCAAGCCAUACCCGCGGACUUGGAAAAGAUGAUAGAAAGUGCCAGCAAUGGUAUGCCGGGAUGGAUUCAGAAUUUUGUCAUAUCGCUGGUCCAAAGUGGAGAUCUUACAAUAGCCACGGUGACUCGAACAGAGGCGAGCGAGUGCGGGGCGGUCAUGCCUUCGAUAUCCUUGCUACAGCGACCAGACCAUGACCUCUCCCUCUAUGAUGAAUCGCUUGGAGCGCAGGCCAGUAUUUACAGUUUGAAUUUGAGUUUUGGGAAUAAACAAGAGGCGAUGCAGGAAACUGAUGUAAUACAAAUGGCGGUUCUCGCUGAUUCUUAUACCUUUGAAGAUAUAAAAGGCGAUGUUAAAAUGGACGGUAUUUUAAUUCUGAAGACUUACGACUCAUUAAGUCCUUUCGAGAAAAUGGUAUUGAAAUGUAGCUCGGUGCUGGGCGAGGUGUUCUCCCGACGCGUUCUGCACCAUCUGCUGCAGACGGACGAGCAGAGGAAGGUCGCACAGGCUGUGGCCAAGUUGUUCUCCAUCCGUGUACUCGAGUGCGAAGGAGGUGACUUCACACGAGACAGCUCUCUCGUGCUGGUGCAUCCAGCGCCAGUGCCCAACGACUGCAAGGCGCCGUACUGUCGAUGUUUGGGCAUCAGACCUCCACCCAAUUGUAAAGAUCUGCCAAUGUACGCUUUCUGUGGGUACAUGAAAUUUAAGCAUAUAAUGUUUCGAACGACGACUUAUGAGUUGCUUACUGAAAAUCAAAAGCGUAAUAUGCAUACGAGAGCGUUACUUUACUUAGAACGAUAUACGAGACGGUGCAUCUCCUGCGGUGGCGGAUGCUUUGUCAAGUUUUUAGGACUUAGAUGCAACGAUGGAUUAAUACGCGAAAGUGAUGAACUGAAGCGAGUUCGGGAACAAAUAUCUGGCUUCAGCGCUGAGACUAAAACAGCAGACGAACAGUAUUCACAUCGCUCUUUUGCUGUGCAGCCGUCUAUGGAAUUAACGUCCGAAAAGUUUUGCACAAAAAACAAAUGUGAUCUUAAAUGGAUGAAUGACUUCCGACUUGGUCGUAUCCUGUCUCACCGCGGUGCGUGCCUCUUGGAGUCAGGCGACCUGGAUGAAGCAAAGAAACUGCUCCUGGAAGCAUUGAAGCUCUUCUCUGACCCUUUCCCUACGUCCAAGCAUGCUACACGUCUACGGAAAAUGUGCGUUUCCUUCAACCAAUUAAUGGCAUUCUAUAUCGCACCUCAGUGCUACGUGGCCAGGGAUCGCGGAGUGUCGGGCCAGUUCUACGAGUGUAUAGCAUGGACGCUUAUCAGCUUGAAUAAAGUAUUUAUUGAAUGUAAGGAGAAAUCCAAUGCAAUUUUGGCCGCUAAGUGGGCGAUGAAUUAUGCUCUACGCACCGACUCUAAUUUUCGACUGUUAUGUAUGUGUUAUGGAAAUAUGAUAUCGUUAUGUACUCAGGAACGAGAUUUCUCAAAGUGUGAAAUGCUAGAGCAGCGAUCAAUGGAGAUAUGCAAUCGGAAGAUUGGAAAAAUCGAUGUGACGGAAGUGCAGGCCGCGGGAUAUCUUUAUACUAAUAUAUUUCUUUUCCAUGUGGAAAGUGGUAAGAGAGCGGAGAGUAUAGAACUGGGCUUGGAGGUAAUGCGAAUGAUGAGCAGCAUCACGGAUCUCAGAACGCGUCAGCUGCUCGUGCUCUGGAUCCUGAAGCUGUUGCUCGCAGAAACCAGGGUACACGACAUGAUCGCCAUCAUGCGCGAAUUCUUUUAUAUGACCGACCAUUAUGAUUUAAGUUCGGAAACUUGGUACUAUUACUAUGCGAUGGUGAUUUUGUUGGACACGGGUCAUAGUGUGGAGUCAUAUAAAAGUUGCGAAAGAUUCUAUUUAAAGAAAGGCGAUGCCAUACUCCGUUCCAAAACUUCUGAAGCAGCGUGGAAUUUCUUCGUAUGCAUGUGGCUUGUUACUAUACGCGUGGGUAUUUGGGAGAAGUCAAUUAUGUGGGAAGAUAAAAUAAAGCAACUUGUUACAAAGAAGUAUGAAAAUCAUGAAUUCUGCGCUAUGAUCUUAGUGAGACUGAUCGAAGGACUGCUAAUAAGUAUGGUGCAAGAGAUAGAUAAUAGAAAUGUAAGAAAAAUUCAAAUGUACGCGAAACUUGUAAAAUCUCUGUUCAGAGAUUUAAACAGUGCUUGCAAACAAGCCCGCAUGUAUCAACCAAGAUAUUAUUUGUUAUUAGCGUACUAUAAUUGUAUAAGUGAUAAAAAGUCGCGAGCUUUUAGAAAGCUUAGCAUGGCAACACAGCUCUGUAAGCAACAUCAGAAUACUGCUCUACUCAUUUGGAUAGAUCACACAAGGAAUCACUGGAAUGGAACAUUAAAACCAAUAUUAGUGAACUAUUGGACGGAACAUAUUAAUGUUGACCAUCAAAUGGGUUAUCGUGAAUUGGAUACUACUAAAGGCGAACAAAUAAUACCAUACACUUUGCCAUUACCGAAAGACAUGCCAAAUUAUAAUAACUUUGUGACUUCAUAUAAAAAGUAG